AUGGUGAUCAUGUCACGAUUAACCUUCUACUCUUCUUUCUUGCUACUUUUACGUCUCGUUGCGGCUCAAAGCAGCGCUUCUGACCAAGGCUCGGGGUUUAACCCAACUACGGCGGCUAUAGUCUUGAUCUUACUCGUCAGCGUUUUCUCCAUCAUUGGGUGUGUCGUCAUCUUCAAGCGAAGGUGGAUCGAGCAAGCUCUCGGAAGGUGUCUCGAGCAUGCUCUCGGGAUCAGUCACGACCAAGCUCUCGAGAUCAGUCACGAGCAAGAUGUCGGGCUCAACGAUAGUCGUCGUCGAUCCGGCGACUCGGGAAACUGGCUUAACGUGCGAUCGACGCCGUCGCGUGGGAUCGACGCGUCUGUCAUAGAAACGUUCCCGACGUUUCGUUACUCGGCCGUGACGACGUUGAAGAUCGGCAAAGAAGUGUUGGGCUGUUCCGUUUGCCUCAACGACUUCGAGGACGACGAAACGCUGCGUUUGAUUCCUCAGUGUUGCCACGUGUUCCAUCCUGGCUGCAUAGAUGGCUGGCUCGUUUCUCAGGACACGUGUCCUCUCUGCCGCGCCAAUCUCGUUCCGGUCCCGGGCGAGUCUGUUUUUUACGAGUUACCCGGUUCAGCAAGAGAAACCGGUCCGAACUCUCCCGGAACGUCGAUUGAUGAUAACCGGAGAAGGUUUUUGGGUUCUCCGGACGAGCGGUUGAUUAGCUCAAUGGCUCGGAAACAGAGCACCACGCCACGCAAGUCCAUGUCAACUGGGAGGCUACUGACCGGAUUUUUAAGCCGUAUCGAUUGGACCGGUCGACCGAGAGAGAAUCUUGACCGGUUCACGCUAAAACUACCCCGAGACGUGCACGAUCAGCUCGUGAGCCAAGGGUCAAAAGGCCACGUGGCGUUACCUCAUGUGAGGAGCCCGAUAGUGGGAUACAGAACCGAAAGCCUAGGGACCGAAAAGAACUAUUUCUACGGUGAACGGCUUGAUCAAGAGCGACGGUUCGACCGUAGACCGUUCUCGAUAACUCCACCGUUUUGGACCGGUUCGAGGCGGACUAGUGCCGGUAAUAGUCAGGAGCUCGCUAGUCCACCGAUCAGUUUGCUUCUAGCAAUGAAGUCACCGUUUGAUUGGUUUUUCUCUGGAAAGAACAAUGCCGGUGAACGUUCGCACCUUCGAUCCAGCAGCGAUGCCAGUCUUGCGUAG